UUCAGUGUAUGAAGGCAGAGGGAUUUCAUUUUGCAGGGCACCAGAAUAGAGACAGGAAUUUACAGUCUGUUAAGCUUUUACGUAUCACGAAGAACUAACCAUUGCAAUGGCUCAGAAGAAAAAUGCAAAAGGGAACAUCAAAAAAGAUGCUAAGCCGCAACAGGCGAAUAAGAAUGGGAAGAAAGCAGAGGCUGCUGGAGGAACCUCCUUCUUCUCCUGGUUCAUGGUGCUGGCUCUCCUGGGUGUCUGGACCUCUGUAGCUGUGGUGUAUUUUGACCUUGUUGACUAUCAAGGUGUAAUUGCCAAAGCGAAGGACUUGCGCUGUAAUCUUUCAGAGGCAUUACAAGGUAAACUGGUAUCCUAUGAUGCUGAUGGUGAUGGAGACUUUGAUGUGGAAGACGCUAAAGUACUACUAGGACUGAAAGAUAAGCCCACCAUUGUGACCAGUGAAUCAGUUGAGGAGGGCCCCGCUGAACCUGCGGAAGAAGCGCCUAUUGUUGAGGAAGAGAUCAAAGCCACUAAAGUUGAGGAAGCUGCUCAGUCACCACCAGAACCAGAGACUGUGGAGCAAGAGCCUGUUGCUGAAGAGGAGCAAGAGCCUGUUGCUGAAGAGGAGCAAGAGCCUGUUGCUGAAGAGGAGCAAGAGCCUGUUGCUGAAGAGGAGCAAGAGCCUGUUGCUGAAGAGGAGCAAGAGCCUGUUGCUGAAGAGGAGCAAGAGCCUGUUGCUGAAGAGGAGCAAGAAGUUCCGGAGGAAGAGCCAGAGGUUGUGGAGGAAGAGCCAGAGGUUGUGGAGGAAGAGCCAGAAGUUGUGGAGGAAGUGCCAGAGGUUGUGGAGACUGUUCCAGAUGUGGAAGAUGCCACGGCAGAGGCUAUUGAGGAGACUAUAGAAGAGGCUGCACAAGUAGAAGAGGCAAUUGAAGAACAAGUUGAGGAAUCUGUACCACUUGAAGUGGUAGAUGAGGUUGUUGGAGAGGAAGCUGCGCCAGUGGAAGAAGCGGUAGAGGAAGCUGCGCCAGUGGAAGAAGCGGUAGAGGAAGAUGCACCAUUAGAAGAAUCAGUAGAAGAAGAGGCUUCAUCAGUUGAGGAAGUAGUGGAGGAGGUUGUACCAAUAGAAGUAGUAGUUGAAGAGGCUUCACUCGUGGAAGAAGCGGUAGAGGACACUGCACCAGUGGAAGAAGAGGAGGAUACACAAAUGGAAGAAACCGUAGAAGAAGCUGUGGAGGAGGAUGAACAAGUAGAGGAAGCAUCUGAGGAGUUAGAACCAGUGGAAGAAGCACCUGAAGAGUCAGCCCCUGUUGAAGAAAUGGUAACCGAAGAGGAGCUAAUAGAGGCAGCUGAGGCUGUUGAGGAGGAUGAUGAAGUACAAGAUGACUCAGAGGAACCAGAGCUUGAGGAAGAGAGUAUAGAAGAAGAGGAUGAUGUAACUGCAGAGGAAGAACAGCUUGAGGACAUUGCAGAGGAAAUUACCCAGACAGAAGAACAACUUGAAGAAGAGCCCUCAGAAACAUAAAAUAUUGGGCAGUGUGUAAGAUACAGAGGAUCAGCACCACAUAGCAUCCCACUGGAAUUGAGUAGCUGCCAAUUUUCACCAUGGGGUUAAAAAAAAAAAAGAGAACACAACUAGUACAUUCACCACCACACCAACCCCC